AUGCCCCACCCCCUCAUCCUCCCCGACACCUACGGCUACACCGCCCUCCUCGCCGUCGGCGUCAUCCCCCUAAUGUCCUUCCUCCAAGGCACCACCGUCACGACCUUCCGCAAAGCCGCCAACGUCCCCUACCCCAACCCCUACGCAACCGCCGAGCAAUGCAAAAGCUCCCAGGAAGCCUACCAAUUCAACUGCGCCCAGCGCGCACACGGGAACCUGCUUGAGAACAUGCCCCAGACGAUUGCGAUGUUGUUGUUCGCGGGGCUGUUUUAUCCUACUGCGACGCCGGUGCUGGGGGCGGUGUGGGUUGUGGGGAGGGUGUUGUAUGCGUAUGGGUAUAUUACGAGUAAGGAGGGUGGCAAGGGGAGGAAUGUUGGGGGGAUGUUUUGGAUUGCGCAGUUGGGGUUGUUGGGGUUGUGUGUUAGUGCUGGGUUGAAGUUGUUGUGA